AUGACGAGAUUCGAGAUCGCUCGAAGUGCAGCAACAAGUUGCAAACGAUCACUGAUCCAGAUUUCGACAGACUACAACAGCAACAACAACGACCACAGCAACGACUGCAACAACUACGGCAACUACUACUACGGCAACCACAACUACAGCAACAACAGCCACAACAACUACAGCAACCACAGCAACAUCUACAACAACUACAGCAACAACUCAACAGCUACAACAACUACAGCAACUACAACAACAACUGCCACAACAACUACAGCAACAACAGCAACAACAACUACAGCAACCACAGCAACAACUGCAACAACAACGACAGCAUCAUCCACAACAACAACCACAGCAACAACAACGGCCACAACUACUUCAGCAACAACAGCAACAACAACAGCCACAACAACUACAGCAACAACAACAGCAACCACAGCAACAACAACGGCCACAACUACUUCAGCAACUACAGCCACGACAACUACAGCAACAAGUGCCACAACAACAACAGCCACAACAACUACAGCAACAACAACAACAGCAGCAACCACAACAGCAACAGUAGCAGCGACUUCGACAUUCAAAUACCCGAUGCACACCGAGAUCGAGCACAUGUUCGGCUUCGUGGCGAUGCUCUCCUUGCUUCCAGUCCUCCUCAGUAUUCCCAAGGAGAUCUCAGGGUCCCCUCCCUCCCCUCCCCUUCCUCCCCCACCCGGGCCUCCUCCAGCGCCCAAGUCGUCCUUGGCUCAUCUGGAAGAUUUCUCUGAUGAUUAUAACGUUCCAACUGCUCCUUUGGGCUUUGGAAGUAGUCAUCAAUUGGCCCCUGGAAACAGCCAUCAAUGGGUUCAUGGAAGAAACCCUCAACAGGUCCCUGGAAGUGGUCAUCAGUGGGUUCAUGGAAGUGACCGUCAACAGGUCCCUGGAAGUGGUCAUCAAUGGGUUCACGGAAGUGACCCUCAACAGGUCCCUGGAAGUGGUCAUCAAUGGUUUCACGGAAGUGACCCUCAACAGGUCCCUGGAAGUGGUCAUCAUUGGUUCUAUGGAAGUAACAACCAAUGGGUUCAUGGAAGUAAUCCUCAACAGGUCCCUUCCAGUAGCCAUCAAUGGGUCCAUGGAAAUGACCCUCAUCAAGCCCCUGGAAGUAAUCAUGAGUGGGUCCAUGGAAGCAACCCACAACAGGUAGUAGUGCCUGGAACUAACCAUCCAUGGGUCCAUGGAAGCAGCCAUCAAUUUGUGUAUCCUUUCCAGUCUCCAGUCCUCCGGCGGACGUCCCCUUUUAACCGUCGUGUCUCAUUUCCUCAUCACCAUGUCCCUUCUUCUCCGGACUCGGCUCCUUCUGAGAGGAAACACAAAGAAUUUCAACCUCCCUCUCUUCCAAACUCUGAAAGAUCUCCGUCGCCUUUGAUACCAAACUGCGAGCUUUCCGAGUACCUCCAGUUAAGACAGGAACUGGAUCAAGUAGUUUACGAGAACACAAGCCAAGAACUCAGCCCUCGAGUGGGUCAUCUUUUGGAAUCAAUAAACUACUGCAGGUUCGGGUUGACAGAGAAAACGAACAAACAACCCCAUUUCGACAGUAAUUCAUUCACCAGGGAAACAUCGCACAUAUGGCCCGGUUUAAAUUACCCAGCUCUCUUUAUCAGCGAAGUUCAUAACCUAGUCGACAGACUCAGCAACGCAGAUCAGGGACUCCAGUAUAAAGUUGCCUGUGGAGGAUCUCUGAUCACACCCAACCAUAUACUGACGGCUGCUCACUGCUUCAUCACCAGGAGACCAUCCGUCCUUCUAGUAGGCCUAGUGACUGCACACGAGGAUCGUGCCACCACCACCAGUAUUUAUGGCGUCAGGAAGAUCUCGCUACACCCAGACUACGAUCCACGAUUCAGAUACAACGAUCUAGCUAUAAUCGAGGUAGAGCAAGAGGUGAAACUCUCAUCAGGAGUCACUCCUUAUUGCCUACCUUCCCACAAACAGCAGCUCGAUGGCCUAGUAGGCACCGAAUCCGGGUGGGGUUUGCAGCCUAAUGACACAUCGGCCUAUCUGGUGAACGCCCGGGUCACUGUUAGACCGACCGAGGAAUGUAACAACAUUUAUAGAAACGACGAAGCGUUUCUGAAGGAAUAUCCACAGGGGAUUGAUUCGACGCUACUAUGUGCUGGUGGUGUUUCCUGGAGGAACCAGUGCAGGAGAGACGCCGGAGGGCCAUUAGUGGCCCAAGGAAGAAACGGGCAUCUCCAAGGGAUAGGAAUCGUCAGCACCACCAGCGGCUGCGGAUACCAUCAAUACCCGAACGUUUACGCGCGGACUGACGCCUUUCUUCCAUGGAUAGACCGCGUGAUCUACGGCGCAUGCGCGCGUUCUCCAUUCACCAGUUCCAGGCAGUUGUAAAUGGUAAUUUGUGAAUGAACAAUUUUUGUGGUGUUUGAUUCAUCGUAAGCUACUACGGUUGG